UUGCAAAUGCAAAUUUAUUUAAUUUUUCCAUUAAAAGCCCGUGUUUCAAGUGCUAUUUUCUGCACAAUACUGGAAGCAGUCAAGUUAUAAUGUUACUAUUUUCUUUAGUUUGGUUAAUCCUUUUGGAUCGUUCCGCUUUCAAUCAGGCAGCAAAUCGCGGUUACAAUUUCGAAGUUCUAAAUCUAACAUGCAGCCGUAGGGGUGACCUACUCAAGGAUAUGAAAUGUAGUUUUGUCUAAAUUGCCACUAAUCGUUAUAGUUUCGACAUUUAUAUGUCGGUGACACGCCAGCUGGCCCAGAAUGCUGAAGUUGCCAUUAAAAUUUACGUUCAACCACCAAAGGGUAAUAAAGUUAUCCAAUUUCUGAAUAUCAAAUUGAAUAUUUGCGAGACCCUGAAAAGACAAAAUAUAGCGGUGCCCCUGAUUCGAUAUUUUUUCAAUGAGAUUAUGCGAAAAAGUAAUAUGCCAUUUUCUUGUCCCAUUGUGAAGGACUUUGCCUACAACUUGACCAACUUCAUCUUGACCGAUUCCAUUUUUCCCGUCUAUACGUUUUAUGUGAAUUUCAAUUUUUCCCUGAAUUUUAUGAAUGAUUACAAAUCCUUUGGUGAAAUGCUGCUAGAGGGACGCACUGUACCGAAAUGAUUUGUCUUUUAUGUACCCAAUAUAGAAUUGAUGUUGUAUU